AUGGCGGGAUGGACGGCGGGGGGCGGGGCCGGAGGUGGAGAGGGGCGGGGGCGGGGCCUGGGUGAGGGCGUGGUCCUCCUUGACUGCCCGGCGCCCAUCACCGACUCCAAGGGCCGGCCGGACGCUGUCCCGCUGUCCAUCCCCGUUUGCCGGCCCGGGUCCCGGCCCCCUGCGCACCCCGAGCCCCGGUGCUGCGGGCCGGGUUGGCCGGUGCGGGGCGGCGCCGCCCGCGGGCCCUGGGCAAACAGCAGCGGGUCAAUGAUUAACCGGCCCGGCUGCGCUCCCGCCGCCCGCGCGGGGCCACGCGGGGCUCGGGGGCCGCGGCGGGGCCGGAGCGGGCCGGGCCCCGAGCGGCGGCGGUUGGGAGCCCGCGGGCACCGGCGUGAGUGGGGCCGGGGAUGGGGCACCGGGGGGAACACGAGGGCAGCCCCAUGGCACCCCGAACCCGGGGUGGCCGUGCCGGGAGUGUCCCGUCCCAUCAGAGCCUCCCUGUCCCCGCAGGCCUCUCCGCGGAUGGACGGUGAGCCGCCAGCCGGGCCCCAGACCCGCGGCCCCGCCGCGCGGGGAGCGGAGCCGGGGGACGGCAGCGGGGCGGCCGGGGCUCCCAGCGGGACAGCCGGGACUCCCACCGGGGCGGCCGGGGUGCUUCCCACCCCCGGGGCUCCCACCGAGGCCCUGCCCACCCCCGGGGCUCCCACCGAGGCUCUGCCCACCCCUGGGGCUCCCACCGAGGCAGCCGGGGCGCUGCCCACCCCCGGAGCUCCCACCGGGACGGCCUGGGCUCCCACCGGGACGGCCUGGGCUCCCACCGGGACGGCCUGGGCUCCCACCGGGGUUCCCGCCGGAGCAGCCGGGGCGCUGCCCACCCCCGGCCCCCGCAGCGAUGCCCCCGCGGUCCCCGGGGACAGGCCCGUGGCCGUGUCGGUUGUCUCCAGCUCAGCCUUCGACGGGGCUCCUCCACCGUACUCGCCCCCGGACCCCAAGAGCUACCACCUCCUGUACCCGCCGUUCCCAGCCGGCUAUGCCCAGCAAGGCCCCAUCAUUUACCCGCCGGGGCCGGGACCGCAGCCCUACCCAGGCCCGGGCUUCCACCCCGGACCGCUGCCCUACAGCCCGUACCACCCGCCGCCGGGGCCCUCACCCGCCGGCCGCGGGCACCACCGGCCCAAGGACUACACGGUGGAGUCGGUGCUGGUGACCCUCUUCUGCUGCCUGAUCACCGGGGUCAUGGCCCUCGUCUACUCCCACGAGACCCGCGCUGCCCUCGCCCGUGGGGACAUGGCCCAGGCGUACCUGGCAUCCAAAAAAGCGCAGUCACUGGUCCUCAUCAGCCUCCUCAUCGGGUUGUUCGCCUCCAUCAGCUGGAUCGUCUACGUGCUGGUGUCCCUGUACCUGUGACAAGGACCCUGAGCCCCAGAGCGCCGAGAGCUCCUGGUGGCUCCACCUGCGGGGGGUGUGGGGCACGGGCAGGUGAAGCUGCCACAGCCUUGUGUGGAAAUGAGUGACAAUGAAGUGUUUUUGGGGCUGUGGGGCAGCGUCCGUCCUUCCUGGUGGGGCGGGGAGCUGCCCCGGAGCCUUGAGGCAUCUGCUCAGCCCAGGGCAGGAGGAGCUCGGAGCAGGGAGAUGCCGCAUCCUGCCGGAUCCAGCUCUGGGCAGGGAGAUGCUGCAUCCUGCUGGAUCCAGCUCUGGGCAGGAUCCAUGGGUGGAAUCAGGCUCUGCUGCAGGAUGCUGAAUCCCAUUGCUCUGGGCUCCCACCUGGAGCUGCCAAUGGGACUCAGGUGCGGAGGGAGCAUCUUGUAGGUUUGGGGCUGGAGGGGGAGCAGAAGUAACAGAUGUGUGGGAAGCCCUCACUGGUCAUUAAUAGUGUAACAUACAAACUCAUGUAUGCAAUUCUACAGUAAUUCUGCACACACACCCCACCAUACAACACCCACCCCUGUACUGCCACCUCCUGCUGCUUCCAGACUGAAAUAAAAUACAGCUGUAGCCAAAACUUCUCUUUUCUCUGCACACCGAGGGCCUACAUCUCCCCUUGCCAUGGCCUUUGCCCACCACAAAAUUCAGCGUAAGUUCUCAUGCAACAGCUGAAAUCAGGGUUUACCCAAGAGCAGGUGGGCACCAGGGAAGGGGAAUCUCCCCAUGGCUCUGGCCUGGGCAGUUUGGGGGCACCCUGAGCUGUGGGCAGACCCUCCUGCUGUCCUGAUUCCGUGGAAUGCAGCCCCACAUUCCAGCCCUGGCACGGGGGGCACGUGCUCAGGUCAGUGUCUGGACACUCUCCUCCUAAGCUGGCCCGUGACAACUAUUUCCAGAGGAAUUUUGAACCCUGUCCAGGACUGAAAUAGCUCCAUGGAGGGGUUAUUUAUAGCCCUUGGCUGUGGGCACACGGCCAUGCACGGGCCGGGCACACGCUGGGAGCUGGGCAGCCAAAACCCUGACACCAGAGCCCAGGGAAGGUGACAGGAGAAGAUCUCCCCUUGUAUUGGGGCAAAGCCAUCUUGGCAGAGAGAGGGAAGAAAUUUAUAGUGAAAAAAUAAAGGGGAAAGAGGCACAUGAGAAAACACGAGGCCACACCAGCGCCAGAGGCGGAUU